AUAUAUAUCGCAGGGUGACCAUAUGCAAGCAAUCGUUUAUCUCUAAGAAUAAUUAUUUUUUUACCACUACCUGUCGUACAAUUAUUGGGGCGUUAAUAUGCUACCGCUCUUUGGGACCAUGCCGAAUGGCGUCAGUUUGCCAAAUCACCCAAAUUUCCUCAACCAACUUGCGGCCGCAAUUUCCACAGCUGCCACGACAACCUCGAUCGUGGGAAAUCCCUCCUCGCCACCCAAGCAAAACCAAAAUAAGAUGGUAAAACCACAACAGCAACCGCAGGGAAGUGCGCCCAUGGAUCUGGAAAAUGAAAAUGAGCAUUCAACAGAUGUAAGCUCAACGACGGUUCCUAAGGAACCCAAAAUGCAGGCCUCCUCAUCGCUUACACUACCCGAUUCGGCGCAACUAUAUCUCAAUGGCUUGAUGCACACGCCACCUGGAUAUCUCUAUUUUCCGGCUGCCCAGGCGGGUGGGGCUCCUGCCCCGGGAAGUGCAUCAUCAACAGGAGGUGGAAACUCAUCAGCAAAUUCAGGAGGCAAUUCCGCCAAUGCCCAAAUGCUAAUGGAUCCCACAGCUAUGAUGGCAGCGGCCAUGCAGCAAAUGCAACAGAUGCACUAUGCAGCGGCAGCAGCCGCAGGAAUGACCACAGAAGCAGGAGCCGGUCUAGAAGGAUCACUUAGUGCUGAUGGCGUUACACCAGCUGGUCUGAAGGAGGUCAUCAAGACCAAGAACUGCAUCCUGUUUCCACCCAAUCCGAAUGCUCCACCACCCACAAUAAGGGAGCGACCUCCUGGCUGCCGGACAGUAUUUGUGGGUGGACUGCCGGAAAACAUAACCGAGGAGGUGAUACGCGAGAUUUUCGAGUCUUGCGGUGAAAUCACUACGUUGCGCAUGUCCAAGAAGAACUUCUGCCAUAUACGCUACCGCCAGGAGGGAGCAAUAGAUAGAGCCAUCUACUUAUCUGGUUAUAGAUUGCGUAUAUCGGCGCUAAAUGAGCCACCCAACUUCGGGCGCUUGCAUGUGGACUAUGCCCAGGCACGGGAUGAUCAAUACGAUUACGAAUGCAGGCAAAGGCAGCAUCAAAGGGAACAGCGUCAUCGUGAGCGCAUGUCGAUUGACAGGAUGCGAUCGCAGUCGCCGCCACCAAUACCACACUAUACGGAUCAUGAGGCCACGGCCGUGGCGGAGCACCUACGCACCAACGAGACUUUCGUGAAGGCCAUUCAGACGAUCACCGCCUGGCUAGAACGUGGAGAUUGCACCAAACGCAAUGCCAAUGUCUUCUACUCGAUGAUCCAGAGCACUCAUGCCCAUGUGCGAAGACUUCAUGCCGACAAACUGCAACUGGAGGAGGACCUUAAGAAGGCUAGAGACAGCUAUCGCAAUCAAAUGGGCACCAUGUCCACGCAAUUCACUCAGAUUGAAAAAGUGUUCAAUGCCGCUAGUCACAAGAAGGUUUGGGACCAUUUCACCAAAGCCCAAAGAAAAAACAUCGAUCAAUGGAAGAAGUUAGCCACGGAACUUCGAACUGUCCAGAUCACCGACGAUGAUGAAAUGGAAAUCUCAGACGAUGAGCGUGACUACGAGAGACGCGGACCCAGCGCCAAGCGAAUUCGCUAUGACAGUGAGGGUUUAAAGGACGAGAACGACUCACUGCGUUGUCAACUGGAGGCCAUUCGACAUGAGAUGACCCUGGAGCGCAGUGAUUAUGUCCAGCGUGAGAAACAGAUAAAGGUUCUUCAGGAAACUAUUCGUAACAUGCAAACUCAGCUGCUCCAGACGAAGCUACGCGAACAGAAGGACACAAAGAUCAUUGAGCAGCUGGAGCGGAAUCUCAAAGAUGCCGGCGUCAAGCAACUUCUCUUGAAGACCAAGAUCAAGGAGACGGUUGACAAGUUAAAGGACAAAGAGGCAAAUAGUACCGCAGCCUCAAAUGCUUCUAACGCGUCAAAUCUAGAUUGCAGCAGCGGAGACUCAUGUAGUCAGGAAGAGGCGGAAAUUAUCCGGCAACAGCCACAACCGGAACCGGAAAUAAUAGAUAUCGAUAAAGUAGACGAUGAUGUGCGCAUCAUAGAGCACCAAAGCGGUGUAGUGGAGAUUCAUGAGAUCGAGGACGAUGAAAAGCAAGAGCCUGCUAAGGAUUCUACGGAAAUCAAAGAAAUUGAGUCAAUUAUAGAAGAUAGUUCAAAGUCUAAUAAUGAGGAGACUGUGAACAAAUCCAGCAAGGAGGGCACUCCGAAAUCGCCAGGAGAAGAUAUAACCUUCAAAUCCCUUGUCCUAUCAGAGGCCAAGAUAAUUGCUUUAGCCUCCGCCUAUCUGGUGCUCCAUCCUUAUGGCGUUGAUAUCGCCAACAUAGCCAGUUACUUAAGCGGAAUGCUGUGCAACAACGCUGCCACCAGUAACCAUGAUGAUCUUGCCAAUAUACUCGGAAAGUACACAAAUCUCUUCAAGCUGUUUCAGGCCAAAUGGAAAUUCUGUGGCUUCAAUACAGAACCAACUGAAUCUCAGUCAAAGUCGAAGUGAGGCAGAGAAAUUUGGAAUGUAGACUCGAAUAAGAUGACAAUUGAAUGCUUUAAAUAUGUUACAACUAUAUCAUAAUGUCUAGCAAAGUAAGCGGGAGGGCGAGAUGAAAAGUGAAAUGUUAACCAAAGGAAAAAUGCAAGUUUUUGAUGCAAUCACAACUCAAUGAGACCAGUUCCAGUUUAAAGGGCAAGUACUCGUAGUUAACUCUAUCGAAAGAAAGACACCACAAACUAACUACCGUUUCAAUUAUUUAAAUAACUCAACCUAAAGAAUAUAUAUACACUUAAGCUAAAUGAAUUCAAUAUAUACAAGAUAUAUAUACAUCAAUAUUUUAAAUAAGCUGAGUGGCCGGAAGUUGUGUUGCUUAUAUUGAAGAAGAAAUAAAAGAAUGGAACCAAAUAAAUUUUAUGCUAAACUA